AUGCUUCCUGUCAAUCUUUUCCAAGUUAUGCUCGUGGCAUUAAUGCUGCUGUGUGGAGUCUUUGCGACAAAUCAACCCACGGAGAACGACAAUCUGGUUCAGCGUGAGUCCAAGCCUAUCCAGGACGUGCUAUCCGACAUCAGCGUGAACAACAUUCACGAUGCUCUGCAUGCGCUGUCCGACAAAUUCAAAGACGGCAUUUUCCCCACUGACAUCAGUGCCGCCGAGGCCCUGCAAGCCGAAGAUGAAAAAAUCGCCAGUUUCCUAAAGGUCAUCAAGCGGGAUACCAAUGCUACUGCCUCCUCCGAGCCUGUUCAGACUACUCCGAGUGCCAACCCCACUACCAGUGAAUCGGCUGCCACCACUUCCGAGUCUAGCACUGAGGCUACUACCACCUCGGAGCAGAGCACUAUCCCCACCACUUCCACCACCUCAAGCUCGAUUUCUGUCUCCACUUCUGCCGAGGCGACCACUACCAGCACUACGACCUCGCCCACUCCGACCAGCUCGACUUCGACUUCUACUUCAUCUAUUUCUAGCACUACUUCUGUGCCUACGACUCUCUCCACCACUACCAGCUCUUCUUCUACUUCUUCGUCCUCUACCUCCACUUCGCACUCUACUACCACCACUUCUCAUUCGACAACUUCAAGUGCUUCUCUUUCCACUUCAACUUACGAGAGCACCAGCACUCUGUCUGAUGGUAGUCUAAGCACCAUUACCUCCAUCACAGUUGUGCACGUCACUCCAACUGGAGGAGCAGCAACCACCACCUCAGCCAAAGCAAGUCUGCAAACCGGUGGUGCCUCCUUAACCACCGCCGGUAAGGCCCGCGAGGUCGUCGCACUGGUCGGUGGAGCAGUCCUCGUCGCAAUGGCCCUCUAG